UAGUUCAAAUUUUGGAUGUCUUUGGACUAUAGCGAAACCAUUCGAAAUCUGUUACAGUGGUACCAAAUGAUCUACUUCAUGAAAGUGUUAGCGCUGUUCGCGCUUAUUUAUCUCGAUGUUAAACUGGCUGAAAGCAAAACAGUAUUCAGUAAAAGUCAUAAAUUCCCUAGUGCCACAACAUCAGGAAACUUGCUAGAGUCUGUGGCAAGUUAUGUUGUAUGUAACGAUGUUGAAACAUCUUCGAAUGGUGUACAUUCCAGAAUAUGUAGCAUUACACAUGGAAAUAUGACCGAAAGAAAUGAAUUAUCGACUUGUGAUAUCACCUUUCAAGGUAAAUUCACUGAUAGUUACACGAUGCAUGUUCUUUCUGCGGAUCUAAUGCUGGUUGUUUGGUGCGACGACGACGACAAAAAUACCGAACAUCUACUUCGUUACACUUUCGUUCAUUUUCCUCUCUGCAAGACUGCUGAAGCUACAAUCGGUUUUGAUGAUCACGAAACUCUGUCAUAUAGUAUUAGCCAUUAUGGAGAGGCAAUUACUUUCAAUGAAAACAGCACAUACGAUGUUUACUUUGAAAAUCCAAAGUUUUGUGGCAAGAAAGUUUGUAGAAUGACUAUCGAUUCACAGGGAAAGACUGUUAAAGGACCCGUACCAUCGUACAUUCCUAGAGAUAAUCCGAUGGUACUUACGGAGAAGAUGCCAGGGAAUAAAGGCGUUUUAAUAGCUGAAGUAGGAAUAGACACUGAAAAUACUAGGAUUUCUUUGCUCACGCCCAACGGUUUAAGAGUAUUGAAAGAAUAUCCAAACGACCAGUGGAAAAACAACGAUUUCGCAAUUUCUGGUGGAAUGAUAUAUAGUUGUAGUCACAAAGGCCAUAUGCAAAUCGAAUGCCAACUUUUUGACGCCAGUGGAACAUCUUUGUCGAAAUACGAUUUGGAUAUUGGCAGCCAAAAUUUUGACAAAUUUGCUACGGCCAAUGCGCCCAACGGUGGAAUUUAUUUGUUGACUGCAAGAGAAAAUACACUUCGCAGUAACCUUACAAAGUUUGACGCCAAUCAUCAACGUCUUGGUACUGUUGGAUUACUUGAGCUUACGUGCGAUUAUGAUAAAAUUUCUGUAAAGGUAUUGUAUGAAGAAAAUGGUCAAAACUGCGUCUCUAGUAUGUGCUAUGAUAAAGAACACGUCGAACUUUCAAAGAAUUGUUAUGGUGACGAAGAAUUAAAAUAACUAAAUGUAUAAUUGAUAAAUCACUGUACAUUAACAACGUCAGUAU